CGUAGUGGUGGUAGCAGGCGAUGUCUGUCUAAGUCUCGCCCUAAUUCCUCCUUCCCGAUGCCCUAAUGUCGAUUGAGGGUAGGGGGAAGCGCCCGUAUAAAGUAUGGGACAGCGGGCGGACUGUGCGCAAGGGCAUCGUUGUCUCCACCUUCACGGAGCUCGUCGAGAAAGGUCGCGAGAAGUUGGAGUUGGGCGACGUGCGCGUGCGCGUUGUGCUCGAGGCAGACGGUACACAUGUCGACGACGCAGAAUAUUUCAGCAGCCUGCCGGAGAACACAGUCUUCCUGCUGCUGCGGCAAGGCGAGCACUGGUAUCCUGCUGGCGUCGAGGCCAUUAGACAAGCCAUUACCGCCAUACCGAAGAUUGUGUGUGAAACCAUCUACUCUUUGGGGUUACACGAUGAAGCUCCGGUCUGGAAGGUCAUGGAUCAGUACGGCAAGAUAACUGUCGUGCUAUCUUGGGAUCCAUGUCAUCGGGGACCGCCACUCCAGCACGCCUCGCCCCGGAAACCUGCUGGAACUGCGAGAGUGAUCGUGAGUGGCAUAGGAGAGAACGCCGUGCAACGUCAUCACGAAGCCCUGACUUCCCACGCAGUUUUAUCCACGACGCCUUCCAUAACAACUGGAACUCCUGGUGGCAUGGUUCACGGUACCGUCACAACCAUCCUCAGAGACGGCAAGAAAGAGACCAUCAUCAACGAUGUUGGGUCCCUGCAUCAGGGCGCUCUCGUAAAUCAUGACGGGGAACAUAAAACUACGUUCAUAGGGCGGCUCUCCCGCCAAGGUUCUUCUGUCGAGUCCGGUCACUCCGCCAUCCACGUGCACACUCCAGAGUGCUGUACCCGCGGUCACCCCACUCCUGUUCUACCGACCAGGGCUUCGCCCACCGGCGAACAACAGGAGUGUGACUUCCACUGUUGCACACUCCACGAAGAGACCAGCCGUUUGCCGGGUAGAGAUCGGCACCAUCAUCAUCAUCAUCACCAACAACAGCAGACGUCUCAACAUCCAUCAUCUCAACAGAUCCUCAAGCCAACUUCAACUUCGCCAACCCAACAAGAAAUUAGACGAUCUCAUUCAAGCGGUGGCGGGAGCCCAAGUCCGGUGCCAUCCAAACCUGGUUCAAUCAGAUCCAGCAGUCUAGGAAUACCACAGAAAACCUCUUCUCAUGUGCGCUUCCAAGCAGACUAUCGAGCAUCUUCUUCAUCUAGCAUAGAGAAACAAUCUAUACCUACGAUACGUCAUCCUAAAGAUGGCGAUAGCUCAGAAUCUGAAACUGAAAAUACGACAAAUGAUGACGAUGGUCAGUUGUGCCAGAAGUUUUUAUUGUUGAUAGAUCAGCCCUCGAUCGAUGUUAAGCGUCAUUUGUCCAUCAAAGAUAUCGGUGUUAUAUUAGAUCGUCUUUCAUCAAAAAUUGUUGACGUUGAGAGACUGGAUCGCGAGUCGGAAGAAGACGACUGUUUCAACUGGACCAUCAAAGCGAUGAUUCGAGGUGAUUCUUUGCGAGAGUUAGGCGUGCUUUAUGGUGGCCAUUACUAUACGAUUUGUGAACACCCUGCGUAUACCGGCACCAAUGAUGAAGAGGAGGAGGAGGAAGACAAAGAGGACGAGGAGAAUCCAGUGUGACACCAUUCAUACUUGCUCAUGUUCUAUACGUUUCUAAAAUAAUACAUUUUCGCCGAGUACUGACCGGUUGCUUGAUCGCUGGACGCCAUGGCGUUCGUUCGACACAUUUUAUGUGAAUAUGAGUCGGCGUUUGUUGUAAUUGUCUUGUGCGUGAGACAAGUUGAAUGUAUUUACUGCCAAAAUACUUAUUAUUAAUAGCAUAGUCCUGAAUCAAAUGUGUAAAAAGUAAUGUUUGAAAACAUGUCCAUAGCAAAGAACUACAUCUACGCUCACCAGAUAAUUCUUUUGUACGUAACUUUGGUAGUGAGAACAAGUUCGUAAAUUUUUUGAGAAACCCCUUGUCUGGUUGAAGUUGCCUCGCAUUGAAACAAUGCCAAGCUGCUCGAACUUUGAGGAAAUGAUAUAGUCUCGUAUCGAACACAUUAAGUAAUCAGGUUGCAAGCAAGUACAACUUCCAUAACUCGAAACUUUUUACAGUUCAAUGUUCGUACGCGCCUUUCCAUUAUCAUUGUGGGCCUACGGAUCAGUCCCACGUCUACGCUUGGCUCGAAUUGUUGUUUAAGACAGUGUUCAGUGCUCAGUGAUUUCAGUGAAAAAAGCAAAUUGUGUUUAAUUCGAGCUCAUAUAUUUGUCUGAUCAUGGAAGCGUACGAGCAGCCAUCAAAAAUUAUACUGCAGGCCAGACAAUGUCGGAAAUUGGUUUCUUGAAGCAAUUCGAAUACUAUUUCAUAUAUCAGGACUAGUCUGAAUUUUUGGAGAAGAGUGUCAAAAGGCUCCACUCUAUUUUAGAUAGUGUCCUGUAUUACGAACAUCGAGUUACUUUGAAAGAUGUCACUACGCUUAUUAGUGAGGCUUAUAUUCGACAUCUAGUUUUCAAAGCUGUACAAUUUAAGCCAUUACUAGAAAUAGUGAUUUGUGUGCCAUACAAAACGCCAAACGGAAACUUGCUCAUUCAAGACAAUACCCAGCAAAAUGAAGUAGCUCGAUUAUCAGCGGCCAACCGCCGGCCUUUUAUGCGCCGACGAUAAGCUGAUCAAGAUUUUCUUCAGUAGAUCAGCCUCCAAUUUCGUCGUGGUAAAUCGUUCCUAGUUUACAGGUUCUGGUUAUUUCCUAUUGUCAUUGUACGUUUAAGGUGUAAUUAUUUAGUAUUUACGUCACUGAUUUUUGGUGUGUGUCGACUUAAAGAGUUUGGUAGUAAUGAUGUUACCAUUUGGUCAGUUAUUCCAAAGAUUUAUUCAAAUUAUGGGUUUAUUAGUGCACUGUAUUGUACUACUAUUGUAUGAAGAUUCGCUAAGUCAGGCAUGAGAAGAUAGCCCUCGUUAUUGUUAAAAGUUGAUAAGCUCAUGAUUUUUUAAACAAGCAGUUGAUUAUUGCUUCAAAUCCUGGAAUUACCUUCACAAGCGAAAUUAAACUCCAGUUGCAUUCUUCCAUUUAAGAUUUUUCUCCAAAAGGUAAACUUGGAAACAUAAACAAACAUUAGCAUCGAUGCAAACAAAGAAAAAUUUCCUCCAUCGACGUGUAGUUAAAUACUAAUAUUU